ACAUCGUGCAACAAAAUGAUUGGCGUGCUGCUGGUCUUUUUUCCUGCUCUGCUCCUGGAGAUGGACUUGCUGCCCAGGAGUGGUGGUCGGAAGGUUCUCCUCUCUGCAGCCUCCUCKCAGCGGUCGGUGGCUCGGAUGGACGGGGAUGUCAUCAUCGGGGCCCUCUUCUCUGUCCAUCACCAGCCGCCAGCUGAAAAAGUGCCCGAGAGGAAGUGCGGGGAGAUCCGGGAGCAAUACGGCAUCCAGAGGGUCGAAGCCAUGUUUCACACGUUGGAUAAAAUUAACGCAGACCCAGUCCUGCUACCCAACAUCACCCUGGGCAGCGAGAUCCGAGACUCCUGCUGGCACUCUUCCGUGGCCCUUGAGCAGAGCAUCGAGUUCAUACGGGACUCGCUCAUCUCCAUCAGGGACGACAGGGACGGAGGCACCCGCUGCAUUUCCGACUCGCAGACCCAGCCCCAGGCCAGAGUGAAAAAGCCCAUCGCGGGGGUCAUCGGCCCCGGCUCCAGCUCAGUUGCUAUCCAAGUCCAAAACCUGCUCCAGCUCUUCGACAUUCCCCAGAUCGCUUACUCCGCCACCAGCAUCGACCUGAGCGACAAAACGCUGUACAAGUACUUCCUCAGGGUGGUCCCCUCCGACACGCUGCAAGCCAGGGCCAUGCUUGACAUCGUUAAGCGUUACAACUGGACCUACGUCUCCGCGGUCCACACGGAAGGAAAUUAUGGGGAAAGUGGAAUGGAAGCCUUCAAAGAGUUGGCUGCCCAAGAGGGUCUCUGCAUUGCUCACUCUGACAAGAUCUACAGCAACGCUGGSGAAAAGAGCUUUGAUCGCCUGCUCCGCAAGCUGCGAGAGAGGUUACCCAAGGCUAGAGUGGUGGUUUGCUUCUGCGAGGGAAUGACGGUGAGGGGGAUCCUCAUUGCCAUGAGGCGCCUGGGAGUGCUUGGGGAGUUCCUGUUAAUUGGAAGUGAUGGUUGGGCAGACAGAGAUGAAGUCAUUGAAGGUUAUGAACCUGAGGCAAAUGGAGGCAUUACUAUCAAACUGCAGUCUCCAGAGGUCCUGGCGUUUGAUGACUACUACCUGAAACUGCGUCUGGACACCAACACCCGCAACCCCUGGUUUCCUGAGUUCUGGCAGCACAGGUUUCAGUGCCGUAUUCCAGGGCACCCACUGGAGAAUCCCAACUUCCAGAAGAACUGCACUGGCAAUGAGAGCCUAGAAGAAAAUUAUGUGCAGGACAGUAAAAUGGGRUUUGUCAUCAAUGCAAUAUAUGCUAUGGCUUAUGGGCUACAAAAUAUGCACCAUUCCCUUUGCCCUGGACAUGUUGGACUGUGUGACGCUAUGAAGCCAAUUGAUGGCAGCAAGCUCUUGGAGUUCCUCCUCAAAUCUUCAUUCAUUGGUGUUUCUGGAGAAGAAGUUUGGUUUGAUGAAAAGGGAGAUGCCCCUGGAAGGUAUGACAUAAUGAACCUGCAGUACAUAGAGCCCAACCGCUACGACUACGUUCUCAUAGGGACCUGGCAYGAGGGCGUGCUCAACAUUGACGACUACAGGAUUCAGAUGAAUAAGAGUGGAAUGGUGCGAUCAGUGUGCAGUGAGCCAUGCCUGAAGGGCCAGAUUAAGGUGAUCAGGAAAGGAGAAGUGAGCUGCUGCUGGAUUUGCACGGCUUGCAAGGAGAAUGAAUUUGUUCAGGAUGAAUUCACAUGUAAAGCCUGUGAGCUUGGCUGGUGGCCGAAUGCUGACCUGACAGGCUGUGAACCCAUCCCUGUAAAGUACCUCCAGUGGAGCAAUAUAGAGUCUAUUGUGGCUGUUGUCUUUUCCUGCCUGGGGAUCCUGGUCACCAUGUUUGUGACCCUUAUCUUUGUGCUCUACAGAGACACCCCCGUUGUCAAGUCCUCCAGCCGUGAGCUCUGCUACAUUAUCCUGGCUGGCAUCUUUCUGGGUUACGUCUGCCCUUUCACCCUUAUAGCCAAACCCACCACCACCUCCUGCUACCUCCAGCGUGUCCUGGUGGGCCUCUCCUCCGCCAUGUGCUAUUCCGCCCUGGUGACCAAAACCAACCGCAUCGCRCGCAUCCUGGCGGGCAGCAAGAAGAAGAUCUGCACGCGCAAGCCGCGCUUCAUGAGCGCCUGGGCCCAGGUGGUCAUUGCCUCCAUCYUGAUCAGCGUGCAGCUGACGCUGGUGAUCACGCUGAUCAUCCUGGAGCCCCCCAUGCCCAUCCUGUCCUAYCCCAGCAUUAAGGAAGUUUACCUUAUCUGCAACACCAGCAAUCUGGGCGUCGUGGCUCCUGUAGGCUACAAUGGACUCCUCAUCAUGAGCUGCACUUACUACGCCUUCAAAACCCGCAACGUGCCCGCCAAUUUCAACGAGGCCAAGUACAUUGCGUUCACCAUGUACACCACUUGUAUCAUMUGGCUGGCCUUCGUGCCUAUCUAUUUCGGGAGCAACUACAAGAUCAUCACCACCUGUUUCGCAGUGAGCCUGAGCGUGACAGUGGCUCUGGGGUGCAUGUUCACUCCUAAGAUGUACAUCAUUAUAGCCAAGCCCGAGAGGAACGUCCGCAGUGCCUUCACCACCUCAGAUGUGGUGCGUAUGCAUGUCGGGGAUGGCAAGGCACCUUGCAAGUCCAACACUUUCCUCAACAUAUUCCGGAGAAAGAAGCCAGGGGCUGGAAAUCCAAAUUCUAAUGGAAAGUCUGUGUCAUGGUCUGAACCAGGUGGAAGACAAGAUCCAAAAGGGGAACAUACAUGGCACAGACUCUCAGUGCAUGUGAAGAACCAGGAGACAGGGUGCAAUCAGACAGCGGUGAUCAAACCCCUCACUAAAGACUACCACGGCCAAAGUCUGACUUUUACCGACAUCAGCAGUAAGACUCUGUACAAUGUGGUGGAGGAAGAAGGUAGGGAGCCCGUUCGCCUCAACCAGUCCAGCAGUCCUCCCAUGGUGGUGCACAGGCGGGUGACAGCGACACCCCCUCUGCAGGCCACGGCGGAGGAAACCCAACUCUUCUUGCCUGAGCAGUCCCCCAAGACACUGCCCCUGCAGCCACAGUCYCUCAUGGACCAACUGCAAGGAGUGGCCAACAAGUUUGCCACCGGCGCCCCCGACUUCARUGCUGUGGUCCCCGCUCCUGGCUCAGGGAAUGGCGUGCAGACUCCCUUCCCACCCCCGCCACCGCAGCAGCCGCCCCUGCAGCCCUUCCAGGUGGCUGCCUUCAGCGAGGAGCCYCUGUCUCCCCCGGCCGAGGAAGCAGAGAGCGAGAAGGUGAGGCUCAUUCAGGGAUAUGUGUAUGAAAAGAGCACAGAGGACGAGGAGGACGAGGAGCCGGCAACGAGCAAACUGACUCUAGAAGACUCUCCRGCGCUGACGCCCCCGUCCCCAUUCCGGGAUUCAGUAGCUUCAGGCAGCUCCGUGCCCAGCUCCCCUGUCUCAGAGUCGGUGCUCUGCACACCCCCAGAUGUGACCUACGCCUCUGUCAUCCUGAGGGAUUAUAAACAAAGCUCGUCCACCCUCUAGAUGCUGCAAGAGACGAGGUGGGAAGGACUUUGUCAGUUGCCCRCUGCGAGGACUUGGGGAGACAAGUCUCCCACGGCUGUGGGGAGAGAGACCAGAGAACAAAGUGACAAAUGAUAGGGCAAAAAUUUCAUCCUGCACUUAAAUAAAAUAAAAUGAAACAAAAAGAAAAUUUAAAAUCCAUUCUGAGGGCUCAAGAUUCUCUAACUGCUAAAAUUAAAAAUAUUGUACUUUGGGAAAAUGUUAGGAAACUGUAACAAAGCACAAACUAAAAAGACAACCUCUAUAGCAAAAAAAAAAAAAAAAAAAAAAAAAAAAAAAAAAAAAAAAAAAAAAAAAAAAAAAAAAAAAAAACAUGCAGGAAAAAAGUAUAAUCAGACUUAGUCACACCCUCUCUUGGCAAUGCUUGAAAAGGACUCUGGGAAGUGUGACCUGGAGAAGUCAUUAGCACACCUCAUGACUGCUGUCUGUCUGCUAUGGGAGCAACACACCCAGGAGCUGGAAGGGUGGAGUGUCUGAAGGGGAACAAAGCUACUUGUAAAUGAGACGUAUAGGCAUAAAUAUUUUUUCCUGGUUUCUACAGGUGGCAUAACUGUGGAACAUUGUUUGGGGGACAGGAGAUGAGAUAAUGUGAAAGCACAUGGCUCUUACUGACUCCUAUCUGAACGAUUUUUUCUUCAUACUAGGCUGCUUUUUGGGGAUUUGGGCUUCUUUUAAUGCUGAUUGUGAACAGAGCGAGAAAUAUGAUCAAGUUAAGACUCAAGAGGUUUCUGAAGAAAGCCUUGCCAUAGUACUUGUAAUAUGAUAAGGACUUAGGAAAACUGCCCUUUUGUAUAAGGUUGCAAACCAUGUGGCUAAACUGUUACACAACGUUUCCUGUAGCAGAACAAUAUUUAUUGACUAUCUUUUCAUAAAACAACGUAUUUUGCCAUGUCAUUGCAUCAUUCCUUUGUGUUACUUUGGAAUCAAAUGCAUUGAGAAAUAGCUGUUUACUUAGAGCAAMAACUGUUAAUCUGGAAAUAAGGCAAUUCCACACUGGGGGUUACGGAGCCUCCAGRCAAGAGAGUGAGCGUACGUUUGUGUAUCUGUGUGCAUGGGUACGGUGUGUGUGAAGAGUAAUGUCCGAUAACUACCACUGGAAGAUUGUCUUAUAUACUAUGAUUAUUUUUAUGUUUAAAUCAUGUUUUUAUAUCGYGUUGUUACAAAUACUCGGUAGAUCUUUGAAGGUUUGUAUGCUGUGCUAACGCAUCCUUUUUUUCAUAUACAAGCUGAGACAGUUGUUACUCUUGUAAUAGGGCACUUUGUUUUGCAGAUAUUUUAUGAAGUAGGCAUAUUGCAUUAAUAACCAGUGCAUUGAGAAGUUGUUAUUUUACAUGUUUUGCAGCAAGUGUGGCUAACAAAAAGCAAACAACAACAACAAAAAAAAAACCAAAAAACAACAACAAAAAACAAGUAAAAAAUAAACCAACAGAAAAUAACAACUCUGUUUGAGAAAUCUUGCAGGUGAGACAGGAAAAGUAAUUCAACUAUUUCACUGUUUCAGAUAAUUUAAAAUAAAAUCACGUCAAGACAGGAAAUUUCACCAGUGCUUAAUGUGUGCAUAAAUUCCCAGGUUUUGCUAUUGACAGUUCUUUUAAACCCUUUAUGAUGUUUAGUUGCAUGWUCUUUCCUUAUGCUUUUACUUCUUGUAUUUAAUAUACCAUAUAGUAUCUUAAAGGUCACUUCUGGGUGGUUGUAGUUCAGCCAUUUAUUCCUCCUCCACCUCUAUCUUUCAUGUGUUUCCUAGAGAUGGGCCUAAUCCAAAGCUCCCUAAKGACUGGCAUGAUUAAAGUCCAGGUCUAAUUACUGUGGCCUGAACUUAAUUAUAAUGAUGAUUGCCCUAUUUACAAAUUGCUUUUUAUGCAUACAGAGGUGAGGAUUUUAGCUGCUAUGRUCUUUGUUUGUGCUGCUGAAUUCAGCUGAGGACCUCUCCCACAAUUCUACACUUCAAAAAAUACUUUCAAGGAACAUCUUGCUGCUAAUAUAUUUACAAACUCUGAUUUUAACCAUGCUUCUU